AUGGCCGAAGUUGCCGCCCUGGUCGGUCUGGUGGCAGCCAUCGCCCAGUUCCUCGAGUAUGGCACAAGACUGGCAGAACGGCUGAGGGAGAUUUCAGCAUCAGCCAAUGAUCUACCUACCGCCUUCAGCGCGUUACAAGUCCGCUUACCUGCUGUCAUAGGCAUCUUAUCCAGGAUCCAGGUACAGGUCGGUACGGGCGGCUUCGGCCUUGACGAGGCUGAGAUGCUUCUUCCGGUAAUUGAGAACAGCAAUUCACACAUCAAGGCCCUAGUGGCGGUCGUGGAGAAGGUCGCUCCGGUCCGUGCCAAACAGAGGGCGAAGGUGAUCGCAAAGUAUUUGACCGCAAUGCGAAGCCUUUCCCUCGACUCAGAAGUCCAGAAGAUCAAUGCCCAUCUACAGGGGAACCUGCAAAUCAUAUCCCUUUUCCAAACCACGAGGCUGACCGACAUGAGGUGCCUUGCUACUAAUAUGCCAAUUCCACCUUCUCGAUUGAUAUGCGAUCCCAGCGAAAUCUCUGACAUGAGCGGAGAAGAAGCUCAAUCGGGUCAAGAAGCGUAUACGCCGUCUGCCUCUACAGACACCCCUCUGGACAGUGGGACGUUCACUCCGAGCUCCGAGGCUGUGGACCUCGAUGAUGGCCAUAUCAUGAGUCGAAGGCUAAGUUCAGGGGAACUGGGGAUUUCACCAGGGAUUUCUCAAACAAGUCGAUCCUCCUCGGCGAAUGGCCGCUGCUCGUCCUCUUGCAGCUGCACCUGCCAUCGCCCGUACCAGCUCUCUACACCGUCAUUUCUAGGUCGACUGAUUGGCCACGUUCUUGUCAACUAUGCCGGACAGGCAUUCGUGAAGGCGCCUUGCAGUGAGCGAAACUGUCGACGACGUGAGCAUUCUGCUGUGAGAAUAACAUAUCGAUUUCCUGAUUGGGCUUUGCAUCGAGUUAUCCACCUCGCUUUGGCAUCUACCGCUUUGAACACAAAGGUGAAUUUCAACACUAUGAGAGUGUUGCCAGAAUCGGCCGAAGUUUUUGCUGUCAUAGCGAAAGGCGACGUGGACCGCCUCAGACACAUGUUCAAGGCCGGACAGGCUUCGAUAUACGAUGUGUCGAGAACGAACUGGACUUUGAUACACACAGCAUUUACGCUCGGUAGAACGGAUAUGUGUCAGUUUCUGAUUUCUGAAGGAGCAGACCUGACCAUCGACGCAGCGAACGGAAGCAACGUCAUCGAGAGGGCCUGGUUCCUCGCUCAAAAGUCCUCCAAGGUCCCUGGCGACUAUGUUAUGUGCGACAACGAAGUCCUACGAGAGGUCGACUUGGACGAUUUCGUCAGCAGUCAGCAAUACAACACAAUACACAAGAUUGUGCUUGGGAUCACAAAGCUACGACUGCUUGAUGUAUUAGAGACCUCAACUGCUGACAUUGAUGGUGGGGACAUUCGUGGCGCCACACCACUAUGGUGGGCUUCAUCGCAGGGCAACCUCGAUGCAGUGCGCAUUCUGCUUGAGAACGGAGCAAGCCAUGCCCUCGGAGCUGGACUGUCGCAGACGCCUCUCCACGUUGCUAGAGAUGCAGAAGUCGUUCGGUUGCUGUUACAGCAUGGUGCACAAAGAGAUUGCAGAGAUACCGCCGGUCGGACCCCUCUGCAUUGCUACUGCUAUCGGCAGAUAGGGGCUUCUAGGUCCAUUGUUCGCGAGAUUCUCGAUGCUGGCGCUUCCGCUAACGCUGUGGCGUAUGGAGGGCAGACGCCGUUACACUACGCCUCCACCUUUGGCAAUACAAACCUGAUACCUAUUCUGUUGGGAUAUGGCGCCAACAUCGAUGCUGUGAAGGACGACGGCAUGACGCCCCUCAUGGCCGGCGUACGGCACGAUCAACUUGAUGUUGUCAAGGUCCUUCUGGAAAAGGAGGCCGACUGCAGAGUUGUUAACAAGAUUCAUCAGAACAUUCUCCACCUAGCUGCCAUCUACGCGGGGGAUGACUGUAUGACAGCUCUAGCUUCAUCGGCAGGCAUUGGGCAGGUUCAUCCCAGUGUCAAGGACGCGAUGGGAUACACUCCGUUGGAGUACUUUGAACGCCGCAAGUUCCGGAACGACGAUUUGGACGCGGCAUUCUUGCACCUGCUCCAAAUGGCAGGCCAGUCCAACAUGUACCAAGAAGAUGAGGAGGCUGAUGAUGACGUGAAUCGCCAUGACGGCGCCAGUUCUGACGAGCCGCAACAGCAGGCAGAAUGUUUCAGCAUGCCAGGAUCAUUCUCUGCUCAUGGGUGA